GAGGCCGCGGCGGGGGCGGCGAAACUCUCCUCCCCCUCAGCCUCACCGCGUGGGACGGCGUGAGCACGGUAUCGGAGUGAUGUCCGCUUUCUCUGAGGCGGCGCUGGAGAAGAAGCUGUCGGAGUUGAGCAACUCGCAGCAGAGCGUGCAGACCCUGUCCCUGUGGCUAAUCCACCACCGCAAGCACUCGCGGCCCAUCGUCACAGUGUGGGAGCGGGAGCUGCGGAAAGCCAAACCAAACAGGAAGCUUACUUUUCUCUACCUAGCUAAUGAUGUCAUUCAGAACAGCAAAAGGAAGGGGCCAGAGUUUACAAAAGAUUUUGCACCAGUUAUAGUGGAGGCUUUUAAGCAUGUUUCAAGUGAAACUGAUGAAAGUUGUAAGAAGCACCUUGGAAGAGUGUUAUCUAUUUGGGAAGAAAGGUCUGUUUAUGAAAAUGAUGUAUUAGAACAACUUAAGCAAGCUCUGUAUGGCGAUAAGAAGCCUAGGAAGCGAACAUAUGAACAGAUAAAGGUGGAUGAGAAUGAAAACUGUUCCUCUCUAGGAUCUCCAAGUGAACCACCACAGACUCUAGAUCUCGUUAGAGCAUUACAAGAUCUAGAAAAUGCGGCUUCUGGUGAUGCAGCAGUUCAUCAAAGGAUAGCUUCUUUGCCUGUUGAAGUUCAAGAAGUAUCCCUACUAGAUAAAAUAACAGAUAAAGAAUCUGGAGAAAGACUUUCUAAAAUGGUAGAGGACGCUUGUAUGUUGCUGGCAGAUUACAAUGGAAGAUUGGCAGCUGAAAUAGAUGAUAGGAAGCAACUCACUCGAAUGUUAGCAGAUUUUCUUCGUUGUCAAAAGGAAGCCCUUGCAGAGAAAGAGCAUAAAUUGGAAGAAUACAAGCGCAAGUUAGCCAGAGUUUCCCUGGUGCGAAAAGAACUCAGGUCCCGGAUCCAGAGCCUGCCGGACUUAUCUCGAUUGCCCAAUGUUACUGGCAGCCACAUGCACCUGCCCUUUGCGGGGGACAUCUACAGUGAAGAUUGAUGACCAGUCUCUUUCCAGGGCCCAGGACUUUGCAAGAGAUGGAGACAGUGCAGAGAGCUGUCUGGAGUGGCAGUUUGAACAGAUUCCCUGGUGUUCCCUCUGCUCCUUCCAUCAUUACAGUAAGUAAAAGAACCACAUGGGGGAACCCGGGAGUCUGAGAAAAUGAGCUGUGCUUAAUAGCCAACCUCCCUUUCUAUGAAAACCAGUCCAGGUGCAGCUAUUUUGGUACCUCUUCUCACAUACACUCUGCGUCAGGGUUUUUCUGUAAGAACUCCUUCAGGGUCAGCAACAGCCGGGAUGACCUUGUCAUCUUGAUUUAUAAAAUUAAAAUAACAAACCUAGGUUGUCAAUUGUCACUGUAGAUGAGCAACUCAUCUAUUAUCAUUAUUGAACAGGUUCUGAGAAAUCUUUAGAAAGAAAACACUCAAAAGUACAAAUUAAUAAGGAAAGUUAGAAUGUCCUUCCUGAAUUUUCCAUUCAAAAAAUUUAUAUUAUAUGAAAUAACAUAAAGCUCUAUACUGCUUUGAUUUCUAUUAAGAAGUAGCUCCUAAGAUGUAGUCUUGUUUAAUAGUUGUUGCACUGUAUCAAAGCUUUUUAAAGUGUAAAUCCAAUUCUUCUCUGUAUAGAAAGGGAGCAUUGUGUUACUUACUGAAUUUAUUUAUACAGAGCAUUUGUUGCCAUCUGUAAUUCCAGCCAUCCACACAUGAGUCUGUUCUGAGGUGGCAGUAGCACACGGGAAGAUGAAGUUUCCCUAUUUCUUUACCCCUUUUUCUUUGGUGGUAUCUGAUGAAAAUAUAAGAUGUUCUUAAUAAAGUUUUACGUUCUUUUUGAGA